AUGAGUCGGCGUCGCCUCCGAUAUUAUCACGUUUACAAGCGGUCGAAGAAGAACAAGAAGAAGAAGAAAGCGAGAUCGGCAGUACAAUCCCAAACCCAAGAUAAAGAACAAAUAGUCUUUAUUCCUCUGUCGUCUCCGGGGCUUUCCAUUCCAGGAUUCCUCAAGACUGGGGAGCCUAAUAGGCUUCGUGGAGGAGACAAUUACACUGCAGGAUUGUCACCGUCAUCAGCGGAUAUCGCCGUAGAUUCCGAACCUCCCUUCAAUCCAUACGUCCUUUAUACCUACCACUCUCAUCACAAUUCUUCCCCGCGUACAUCUCCGUAUUUCCUUCUAAACCCUCCCAAGUUAGACAGUGCCGGAGAAUACAGAGGAGAGGUGUCAUCAGAAAGUUUAGUUGACUACGUCGAUUAUUCGCGGCGCAUCAGCUCGGAUGUCGAGGUGAAGGAGAAUAUCUGGAAUAAAUCACAGCAGAAGCAGAACCUGACUGACAUUGGGCCCAAUCUAUCUCAUUGA